AUGGAAGGCUGUAGGCUUGGUCCUGUUGUCAGCAAAGGACAGUACGAGAGAGUAGUGAAGUUUGUCUCAAACGCUAGGAAGGAAGGUGCAACUGUCCUCUGCGGAGGAGCUCGUCCUGGGCAUUUUAAAAAGGGUUAUUUUGUUGAACCUGCUAUAAUUUCAAAUGUGACUACUUCAAUGGAAAUCUGGAGAGAUGAAGUAUUUGGUCCUGUUCUCUGUGUCAAAACAUUCUCCACUGAGGAUGAGGCAAUACAGCUGGCAAAUGACUCCCAAUAUGGAUUAGCAGGCGUUGUAUUAUCAAAUGAUCUGGAGAGGUGUGAUCGCGUUAGUAAGGCAUUCGAGGCGGGUAUUGUGUGGGUCAACUGUUCUCAGCCAUGUUUCUGUCAAGCUCCAUGGGGUGGAACCAAACGCAGUGGUUUUGGCCGUGAACUAGGAGAAUGGGGACUUGGGAACUACUUGAGUGUGAAGCAGGUGACGCAGUAUAUAUCUGAUGAACCAUGGGGAUGGUACAAACCUCCUUCCAAGCUUUAAGUCAAAACACUAUACUUCUUGAUGUUUCCUUUAAAGAUGUAAUAUACCAACCUGGGUUUUAAAUUGCGUGUGGCGAGCCAACUCGAUUAGGGGCUCGACUCUCGCCAAGCGCCAUGGCGAGGCAAGUCGAUCGCCAUGUGCAACACAUUUAAAACAGUGUUUUUUUUUUAUUUAUAACUACAUGUUAUGACAUGGCAAUAACAAAAACACAGUAAAGGAGAAAUUAAAACACAAA